AUGCAAUUCUCAACUGCCUCAUUUCUCGCGGUCCUCACCGCAUCUCUUGCCUCUGCCGCGCAAAUGCAGAUCAAUUACUACAGCGAUCAGUGCAGUUCAUACGAGGGCCAAGUCGAUGUGACCUGGGCAACCAACGUUUUCAAUGGCAAGGAUAACUGCUACAACUACCAGUUUGGUAGCUGGGCAAACAUUGCCAACUGCAAUGAAAACGGCGGAUGCAAAUGCAAUUUCUUUUCCUCGGAAAAUUGCCAGAAUUAUUUGGGUUUUUCCGCCAGUGGUACCGGAAACUGCAUUCCCGUCUCAAACGCCAGGUCUUUUGCCUGUUACUAUGGCAGCAAUUGA